UGCUUACUUGGCUAAAGCGCAUGGUGCACUCAAGAUUAUUUUAAAAGCGAGCCUAAAGCAUUUACCUGUUUAUGGAUUGUAAGUGAUUGUAUUUACAUAUCAUAUGUAUCUAAUUCAAUGUUAGAGUAAGCUAGCGUCCAAAAGAGUGACAGUCAUUCAUAGUAUUAUGAUAGGGCAUGCAGUUCUUUGAUUUUAUAUUUUUAAAGCGAAAACUAGCAUUAGAUAAAGACAACAUGGUUCAGAAUUUAGAAAGAUCCAAAAAGAGCAAUCAACCCAUGUGGCUUGUAUUGUUUCCUGAAGGAACAGUGGUGUCUGAAUCCACACGCCUGAGAUCCAAAGCUUAUGCCGAAAAGAAUGAUAGGAAAGAUAACCGAUAUACACUGUUACCAAGAUCAACAGGCCUUCGUCUUUGUAUCGCUGCCUUAAAAGACAAUGUAGAUGAUGUGUAUGAUUUUACAAUUGGCUAUUCUGGUAUCCAUGGCAACGAUAUUCCCGAGAAAGUUUAUACAAUACAGAGUAUCUUUUUCUUUCGCCAUUUCCCCAAGAAGAUUCAUGUCCAUAUCCGUCGAUUUAAAAUAGAUGCUAUACCUCAUGAAAACGAACAAGCGUUUCAUAACUGGAAUUUAGAACGAUGGGUUGAAAAAGAUCAACUUAUGCAUCAAUUCUAUCAAACUGGAUCCUUUGAAGGUAGCUCAACUGAGAUACCUAUUCAACUCCAUCAUUCCAUACUAAAUCUAGCUCAAUUAUGGGUAUUCUUGAUACCUUAUCUUGUACUUUUAAAGAAGAUAAUACAAUAAAAUCAUAUGACAAGUUUAUCUAACAAACAA